AUGUUUCAACUGGUGCCAAUGAUGGUGUAUUUGCUUAUUUGGACUGGACAAGCAAAUGGAGACUCCGCGCUAUAUAGACGGAUACCGGACCUCGUCAACUACCUUUGUCCUGGAAGCAAUGUAUGCCCCACUAACCGUUCAUCGGAAUCGUCAGACGACAUUGAAUUUUAUCCAGGAAAAGAAUCUUGCUGCACUGAAUGUUCAUGUGCAGCUGAAUGUACGAUAACUCGUAAUUGUUGUUUCCCGAACACACCGCCUUCUGAAAGCAAGUCAGAAGAAAAGUCUAAACAAGAUAACGAAAAUGACCUCUCUUGUCUGUAUGCUAUUUUGCCGCAGGACAAAGCAAAUGCACUAAAACAUCAAUCGUUUCUCAUGGUAACCUCUGUGAAGGAAACUGCCAGUAGAAAAGGACAAUCUUAUGUUUCAUGUGGCGAUAAAAAUGUCGCGCCUUGGGGCAGUUUAUACCCUGUUUACUCACCAAAAUCCAGACGUAUUUACAAAAAUAUAGAAUGCGCACGCGAAGAUGGUAUGGGUUCUGACGUAAUAUUUUGGGAUGCCUUUAUCGAUUGCAAAGACAUUGUUGAGGCUGCGACUUGGCUAGACACUAGCUCAGUUCCUGAGAACUGUAAAAUAAACUUCAUCUUUCCAAGAGAUUUAGAUAUUUUAUAUCCAUUUCGAUGUUACAUCAAUCUUACGGACACGUGUCCUAAUUCCAAAGAUUUCCAGGUGCCCGAGGGGACAAAUGUCUCAGAAGAUGAGUUAAAAGCGCUAUGUUCAAACAGUGGUAUAAGAUCACCAUAUCGAGGAAGAAAGUUGUAUGCUAAUGUGUUUUGUAGCAUUUGUAAUGAAGAAACAUUCUCCCGAGCAGACACCUGUGAUAAAUUGUCUACAAGUGCAGGUAAAAGUGGAGGUUCUAGACGUUUCAUUGCACUGAUCGAUCAAAAGUUUAUCACUGAGAGAAGUGACGACUCUAGCCGUCUUAGAGGACAAGUUUUGCCUCUUGCAUGCUCUCCAUCUGAUACAAACAGUUGCCGAGAAAUCUUUUGUCCGACCGGCCAACUCAGAGACGUUACUUAUAAAUGUGUAUAUCCAAACAAAAUGUGGAACAAUCAAAAUAUUGCCGUGUAUAUUAACCUAACAUUGGAAAACUCAAUCAAUUUAGCUGAAUUGUUCAGUUAUGUAAUUGGGAAAGAAUUGGAAACAGUGUUUCGCUGUCUUGAACCAAAAUGGAUGAAGCAUUGGUCAAUUGGCAUUAUAUACUACAAAGUUAUGGAAGUACCGAACAUGGCAAACAAUUUAGUUAUUGUCGUUGUUAGAACAUUGUCAAGUAUUAAACCUGAUACCCUAAAACGAAAUAUACAGAACCUGAUUGGACAACCAUGGACAUUACGUACAGACAAUGGAACGGAAUUCCUCAAAUCCUCAGGUUUUUCUACAAAUACUUAUCUUGGGAAGCACCAUCAGGAAAAUAAAACAGAUAUUGUGAAUAACAGAACUGUCUAUUUCGAAUACCCUUUCUAUAAAAGAAUAAUCGCCAAAAGCACGGGAAAGAAAUACAACUCUUUUUAUACAAAGUUGUAUAUCUGCGACCAAGUUGAACUAAAUCCAUCAGAAUUUUUGGUCAACCGCAAAAAGCAUAUUCUCUACAGCUACAUAACACAGCGUUUCUACUUCGACAGCCAAUUUGUACUUAUCAAUAGCAACGCUAACGGUGAACCUCGUGCAAGGAUAUGUGUUGACGACUCUGGAUUGCACAAGAAAAGCAAGGCUAAGAAUUUGGGAACAUUUCUUAAAAUCUUUAAUUAUUGGUAUGUUGCAA